AUGGUAUACGGCGGAAAACCUAGUACGGGUUGCCAGAAUUGCAGGAAGAGGCACAUUAAGUGCGAUGAAACUCGCCCCCACUGCCAGGCAUGUACAAGAACAAAACGAGAAUGUCCUGGCUACCCAGAUCCAUUUGAUCUGAUGUUAAGAGAUCAUACCCAUUCAUUCAGAAAGCCAGUAAGAGCAAGCCGUUCCCCGGCAACGAGCAACAGCUCGCGUUCCAGCUCGAGGGCUAUAGAAUUACCAGAACAGCCAGUGUCCUCAAAGAGACCAUUGGCUUUAGGUCCAGUUGAUCUCUACGCCAAGACCCCAAUGAUAACAACGCGUUGGCCUCCACUAUUGGGUCCUGCUGAUCUAUACCAGCCCAUGGAGGAUACUGUGGUGCCGCUUUUCUUCAACUCUUACCUCUACCUUCCAAAAGAUCCUCACAUUCGAAAUGGAUUCAUGGAAAUCUUGCCUGUUUCUUUCUCGAAUGCAAAGCCGCAAUCACAUUUAUACGUCAGCACAUUAGCGGUUGCUUUCUUCUCGGUUGCAGCUUGGACUGGACAGAGCUGCUUGCUUCGAGCAUCGGAGCAAUACUUCACUCAAGCAUUGCCGAAAAUUCGAGAGUCAUUACAAAACGAGAAUAGCGAUUUGGAUUCUAUCUUACUUUCUAUUCUCUUACUCUCAACAUACGAGGAAUUCGUUGCCGUGAAAGACUGGGAGAAACCCGUGAAGGCUCACCUCCGGGGGGCUGUUGCUCUCAUCAAUAAUCGCAAAUCCAAAAAACUACAAACAGCGACAUCGAGAACGAUUGACCAUGCAGUACAAACUCAAAUCAUCAAGACGAGCCGAGGCUUAACUAGUCCCACAGUACCAACCCCAAAAAUCUGGCCACUAUCACAUCCAGUAUCUUCAUCAGGCCCUCGCCCACUCCUAGCCUCAGCAGCCUCACAAAUCGUCAACCUUCGCGUACAAUGGGAAAGAAUAAUAGAAAAACCAGCAAACGGAGCGGCAGUCACAUCCCUAUUAAACAAAGCAAUCGAAAUCGACACAAAUCUCGCAGCAUGGGCUCACCUAGUUCCACCACACUGGACACCCGUGGCAGCAAGCAUAAUUCCCGACUCCGUGCGCAAAGCAGGCAUCUACAAUAUCCGCGUAGACUGCUACACAGACAUGUGGAUUGCCUCGACAUGGAACACGUACCGCGACUGCCGCAUCUUGGUACAGAGCAUCAUCCUCAGUUGUCUGCGUAUGGAAUCAUCCUUGGAUUCGCAAGGCCUAAAAACGAUGAUGGCUACCGCUACCGCGCACCGUCUCGCGGAUGAGAUCUGUGCAAGUGUUCCCUACUUCCUUGGGAGUCAAGUUGAGUCUGUUCGGAUGAGAACAGGUCUUGUUGAGUAUCCGUAUGCGGAGACGAGACCGGUUUCUCAGACGCAUAAGCAGAUUGCGCCGCUUAUGGGUGCUUGGUUUGUUUUGCCUUGCUUGAGGAAUCUUCAGGCUGGCGUUUUGGGGUUGCCUUCUGAACAGAUUGAUUGGUUGAAUGGGCAGAUUGAGAGGGUGAGAGUUAUUUACUUUCAGACGUGA